AUGACUGGCGCACACUCUGGUUCCGGCCUUGGCGAUGCCAUCCGCAAGGGUGUGAAUAUGGUUCAUGGAACCGGCGAAGCCAUCCGCGGCAAUGCAAUGUCCAUGGUUGACGAAGCAAGCGGUGACCAGGCGAGCGCAGUCAAAAACCAAGAGAUUGCCAACAAGGGAGUCGACGAAUGGGACCGUGGCUACCGCGGUCAUGCCACAAGUGCUGGUGUUGCUCCUACCAAUACCACUUCCACGUCUACGAACUACGGUCCACACGACUCCAACAUUGGCAAUAAGCUGGACCCAAGAUUUGAUUCCGACACAGACCACAGGGGAACAGCAACCGGCUCUACCAAUGCUGGCCCCCACUCGACCAAUGUGGGCAACAAGCUUGACCCGCGCUUCGACUCUGACCAAGAUCACCGAGCUGAUCCUACUUCUACAAUCGGUGCUGACUUACACACAUUUCUUCCUCUCCAGCAAACCGACGGCACUGGCGCACUAUCCGGACUGGAAGCAGCCAACAAACUCGAUCCCAUUUUCCCUGUCGGACCUGACGCCGAAUCAAUGAAGUAUACAGAUCACGCAAACAUCCACCGUCUCCGCGGCUCGAUAAGUGGUGCCUCUGGCCUCCAGGCUGCACAGAAACUUGAUCCCCCUAUUUUCGAGCCUGCGCAUGCCUCUGAUGAAGUGUUGGCUCGUGGACCAAGUCAUAACCAACCUGAACCGCCAUACUACCAUCCAAAGCCUACGUACAAGAGCAAUUUUGCCAAGUCGCUCGAUCGGGGUGUCGGUGUUGAACGACUUCAGCAGCCAGAUAGCGCAACUAAGGGGUCGAGAGCAAAUCCUAUUGAACACAUUGCUGGGUCUGGUACAACAAAAGGCGAGACAGGAUCAGUGCCGGGUACUCAAAAGAGCGAACCUCGCUAG